AUGGAGGGUUGCGGUACUGUUGACAAUCCUGUCAGCGUGGAGGCAUACGUCUACGACGGCAAGCCCGAACAUAUCAUAGGCGUGGUCCUCACCGGCCCCCCGGAAGAACGAGGUAGAACGUAUGGAAGGUGGCUGCGCCACCAGAUCCAGGCCAACGUCGACUGGCACAAAGGGCACCCGCAUUUGCCAUUGUGGGACACUUGCGUCAAAAUUGCCGAAGCGCACUACUUACCUGGCCUGCGGGAAUACUGGACAGGAGGGUGGAGGGAACUGCAGGGAAUGUCGGAGACUAGCGGCGUCCCCGUCGCACAUUUGGUUGUGCUAAACGCGCGGGAUGACAUCGCCGCACUCGUUCCUUUUAAAGAGCGCGCGAGUGAAAGCACCAGCGUCUUCUUUUCCGAUCGGGCGACCGCCAAUAAUACCCCCAUCGUUGCCCAGUCCUGGACUUCAGUCGGGCCCCCGCGCGACACAGAGUUUCUAGUCUGCAUCAAGAUCAAAUACCCGAUUGCCGAAAAUAAGGCCGACAUCAUUAUGGUGACCGAGGCUGGCAGGAUCAGCGGUUGCGGCAUGAAUGCCAAAGGAAUGGUGGCCACGGGGAACCGGUUGUUUUCAACGGACGAUGGUCGGGGGACGAGCGCGGAAGGGUUCUUUCCCAGGACAUGCUUCGAGCGUUUCGUACUCGAGUAUAAUGACAUUGACACAGUGCCAUACAUCCCCGACGAUACCCCGGCGAAUACAUCGAGACAUAUCCUCGCCGUCGACAAGACUGGACGUUAUACUUCACUAGAGCUCGGUCCAGAGCACAUCUUCUCCCACCGCGGCGAGUUUCUUGUGCACGGAAACCACUUCCAGUCGUUCCAUGCAUUCUGCCACCGCCGCGAGCUGCAGGAUCGGUACAGAGGCAAAUGGAGCCAGACCAGGGUCUCCCGAUUCAAUGAACUGAUCAAGCGGAACGAGGGCGGCGUGUCCAGGCAGCAGAUCAUGGACAUGUUCUCGGACCACAAAGGCAGGCCGGAAAGCAUCUGCCAGCACGUGGGCAGCGCCGUGGACUGCUCGACGAUGGCGUUCGUCAUGUUCGACGUGAAACGGCGGGUUAUCUCGCUGUGCAAAGGGCCCCCGUGUAGCGGUGUCAUGUCACACUUCACUUUUGACGGAGGCGAGGCCGCCGCAGCCGAUAAUAAGAGAUUAGAAGGCACCAAAGCUGGUCCUAUGGGCUCCAAAUCGGAUUCUGUGGGCACGAAAGAGGAGACGAAUGCGAACAACGAGGCACGGGUCGAGGCCGUGAGCAAGGCUGCCUGCCCUCCUUCUCCGAGGCCAACUCCGGCGAGGGACCCUACUGCAUAG